AUGAAAGGAAUGGGAUCCAGCGUUAGGUGGCCAGGCAAGCUCAACGCCGAAGCAAGAAGAGACACAACCAAGUGGUGUGAGUUUCAUGGCGACCAUGGACAUAACACCCCAGAUUGCAUUGCCCUGCGUUUAGAGGUUGCCGCGCUAUUGAAGAGGGGACAUCUCCGAGAUCUGCUGACCGAUAAAGGAAAGCACACCAUUAGCCAAAAAAGCAAUAAAGAAACUUCUCCACCCCCGCGAGAGCCCACACCAAAAGGCUUCUACUCACUCAUCUCCGGGGGGUCAGAAAUCAGCGGGGUAAGUUAUUCAUCAGCCAAACGAUACGCUAGGGCUAACAGCCACCAUGAGAUACAGUCAAUCUACCCAGUUUCUCAGUCACACUCCCAUCAGGUCGCCAAUAUUCUUGUGAAGAGAGUGUUCAUAGAUGGAGGGUCAUCAGCGAACAUUCUGUUCCUUGGAUCAGUAAAAGCUAUGGGUUUGGAAGAAGAAAACAUCAACAGAAGGCCGACCCUACUAGUUGGUUUUAGUUUUGAGCAGAAGUACACUAUCGGAGAGAUCGUCCUUCCUAUCUAUGCUGGUGGAGUAAACAGACAGACAAUCUUCCUGGUGAUAGACGCCCCUUCACCCUACAAUGUUCUCUUGGGCCGACCUUGGAUCCACGACAUGCGAGUAGUCCUAUCCACUUUCCACCAAACAAUCAGGUUUCCUACCAAAUGGGGAGUACGAGAAAUCAAGGGCGACCCGAAAGCUUCCAGAGAUUGUUACAAGAACGCCUUCAAGGGCAAGGAUAUCACUUCAUAG